CGUUGUUCAUAAUAGCAAUUUUUCUAAGUGUAUGCGUCAGAAAUUGACUGCAAUGAACACUUGCAGAACCUGUCUAAAAUCUCCAGCCAAUAAAAAUAUUUUAGAGCUAGGUAAAGAUAUAGAAGAAGAUAACACACAGAGCGUCGAUGUCUUGGCAUUUUGUUUAGAUAUAAAGGUUACAGAAGACUCUAAAAUAACAACUAAUUUAUGUUGCGACUGCUAUAGAAUAAUAAUAUCGUUUUACAAAUUUAAGACACUAUCCUUAAAAAAUGAUGCAUAUUUGAGAUCUCUGGAUGAUAUGCAGUUGAACGACCAAAAAAUUUCUUUUUAUAUGGACGAAAACGGCGUAAAACACGCAAAUUUCUUGGGGCCUGAUGAUUAUGGUUCAAAUUUAGUUGAUGAUGGCAACACAGAAAUUAGAACAGAUGUUAAAUAUGAAGAAACAUUUGGAGUUUGUCAAAUAUAUGAGAACCAUGGCACAAUAGAUGAAGAAACUCAAACAUAUGAGGACCAUGGCACAAUAGAUGAAGAAACAUUAAGAGAUACUCAAACAUAUGAGGACCAUGACACAAUAGAAGACUUCUUGUAUCCAGCAGUAUCCAUCAGUAGCCACCCAUCCCCACUUAUGGAUGAUGAUGAUGGAUGUAGAGACGGAGGAGAGCCAUCUAAGGCCAUCAAAGUAGAGGAUAUUAAAAGUAAAAAUGUGAAAAGGGCUAAUAGAAUAGCACCAAAAGGUAAAAAACGUAGCUCCAAGAAACCACGAAUCCGAACAGCAAAAAAGAAACAAGGCCUGAAAAAAGAUGGAAAGGUGUCGCAAGGGCCUCAUACCUGUGAGCAAUGUGGUGUAACCGUAAUUGACAUCAAGUCACACUCGUUGACUCACAAGUCAAAGGAUGAACGGAAAAAGCUGAAAUGCAAGGCCUGCCCUAAGCAGUUUGUUUCCAGAGGUGGUAGACGCAGACAUUUCAUCGUCCACCAUUUAGGUCGAAAGUCCAAGUGUGAUAUUUGUAAUGGAGAAUAUGUUAAUUUGGACACACACAUCAAGCAAGUGCACAAGAAGGAAGAACUACGAUUCGUGUGCGUGACGUGUGAGCGCCGCUUCGUGUCCCGGCCUGUGUUGGACGAACACAUGAACACGCACGCUGGGAUCGUAGAUAAACAAUUUGCAUGUGACCUCUGCCCCAAGAAGUAUGCGAUCAAGAAGUGUCUUGGUGACCAUAUAAAGCGAACCCAUGAACAAAAAAGAAAUUACCAGUGCGAAUACUGUACCAAAAGGUUCUUCGCCAAAACUGACUUCAUAAAUCAUUUAAGGAUGCACACAAAGGAGCGCCCAUUCGAGUGCGCGGAGUGCGGCAAAACCUUCACGUGGAGGAGGGGGCUGGUAUUGCACAUGCUCGUUCAUAGCGGUGCCAGGGACUACAAGUGUCAACUCUGCGACCAGCGCUGCAGAACAGCUUCCGAGCUAAAGAUCCACAUGAUCACACACACGAAGGAGAAGCGUCACUCGUGUCAGUACUGCGGCAAGCGCUUCGGGCGCGCCGACUCCUGCCGGAGACACGAGGCCGGCCAUCAGAAAUAACCUGCAGCUGCUGCCCACUGAACACCCCAUUUAUAUAGUUAUACCAAAGAUAUCUCCGUAAUAGAUGGAUACAGUCUAAGGAAAAAACGUGCCUCGAAAAUUAAGAAAAUUUGAUUCUCGAUUCGCGCAAAUACCUUUGGCCUACUCUCGAAUAGAUGGCGACUGGCGUUGACGGUUUCGUUUGUGUUUAACAAUUUUAACGCAUAUCAGUGAAAGAACAUGGGUCAAAAUGAGGGCUAACGCGUAUGAAUUCGCCGCUAGGGGCGCUAGUGUAGAUGGUGGUCUUUUCCAUAGUUCGAAAUGUCAAAUGUCACUUGUCACUUCAAUGACUGACAGCUGUUCUUUAGUCUUUUGGACCACCAUCAACAGAGGUGCCAACUGGUGAGCAAAAAAACGAUAGCCCUCAUUAUAUAAAAAUAAUUGAUGCAAAUAAAAUAAAAAACUUUUAUCCUUAUAUAAAUUCAUUUUUAGGGUUCCGUACCCAAAGGGUAAAAACGGGACCCUAUUACUAAGACUCCACUGUCCGUCUGUCUGUCACCAGGCUGUAUCUCAUGAACCGUGACAGCUAGACAGUUGAAAUUUUCACGGAUGAUGUAUUUCUGUUGCCACUAUAACAACAAAUAAUAAAAAGUACGGAACCCUCGGUGCGCGAGUCCGACUCGCACUUGGCCGGUUUUUAUUUUUAGUUUUAAUCGUGUGUCGAUAGAUGGCAGUGAAUUUACUGUGGCUACAAAAUUUACUAUGACAGUACCACUCUAUCCUAUUAUAUCCUCUUUGGUUAUACCAAAGAGAAUUGAGUGUAGAGGCGUAUUGUUAAGCUAAAUUUUCUGACAUCUUUCUACACGGGACUAAAACUCUUAGAAUGACAUAUUGGCUAUUUGACCCAUGUUCUUUCACGGAUAUGUGUUAUGUUAAUUAUUUGUUGAACUACUCGAGUAUAGGCCAAAGGUAUCGCCAUCUAUUCGAGCAUAAAUUUUUCUUGAUUUUUCGAGGCACGUUUUUUUCUUAGUUUUUAUUUAUCUUAUACACUUAACCUUUUCGACGCCGUGUCAAACACAAAAGCUGUCACUCGGACGCCACGGCACCGAAGUGUCAAAACUGAAAUUGAACUUUAUACACAUGCACGUAGGUCUAUGUUGUUCUGUGGUCUUUGACCGAUUAAUCCGUCUUUGGCGUUGGACCUGCGGUGCCGAUAUAUCCGUCAUUGGCGUCCAAAAGGUUAAUAGAUCUUUGGUUAUAUACUAUACGGCUCAAAAUCGGAUGGCUAUUUUGAGACACAGUGCAGUUUUAUAUCGUCGAUACAGUUAAGAUUUAUUAGAAAUAAAACCUUAGAAUUAGAACGUUUUAUUUAUAAAACAUAGGUAGAUAAGUACACAAUAGGUAUUCUUAGGUUUACACAUUAUAACACUUUUUUUGCCGGUUGGCAUACAAAUUAAUAUUAAUAUUCGACACAAUGUAAUUGUUAAAAAUUAAAUAAAUAAAAUGUCAAAGAUCAAAAUCAAAUUCAAUAAUACAAAUGUUGUAAGAUAAUUAAUUAAAAUAUAUCAUUCAUUCAUUCAUUUAUUUCUUUAUAAGACAUAGUUUUACAUGUCAAACACAGUAUUUAAUAUUUACAACUAUUUAUAUCUAAGUUACAUAACAAAACACAUCAGUAGGUAUAAGAUAAUUAUGUCAGGUAGGUACAAUUAUUAUUUAAAAUUUAUUAAUCAUUGGUCAUGAUUAUAUUAAUAUCUUAUUUGUCAUAUUCAUCUAGAUAUUCUUGUAAGCUCAGAUGCUCAGUAAUUUGGAGGCCGUUUAGUUAGAUUCCUUUAAGUAAUUAUAUUGGAAGCUUCCUUAUAGCAAAAUUUUAUAACUAAUUAUUCUUGCGAUUCACCCAUCAAUGUACCGUAAUAAUGGUAAUUAUUAUAAUAAAGUUUGUUUAUGGAU